GAGGAACGAACCAGAUGCCAAAACCAGAUGAUUCUGAUUCAGAAGGGCGAUUUUCCAGUUUCUACACUGUUUUGUUUGACAUGACAUUUAUUAUUUUACUUCAGUCAUUAACUAAUUUUGAAGUUUGGUAAAUGACUUAUUAAGAGUCCAUCCUUAAAGUUAUUUAAAAGAAUUAUAUACGUAUUUGUGCAUAAAUUGGAAUUGGAAUUGUAAGACACUGGUGAUUGAAGGAGGUUAAUUGACUGAAAGACUCGGGGCGUUUUCGCACUUUGUACGUGUCAAACUUCUUUUUUUUUGCCGCUCUGAACAUGGAAUAAAAGGGUUUGUGUUAUCAGAGGUAUAUCUGGUGACGUUUCGACGAACGGCUGAAGGACAAUUAAAGAUUUCUCCCUGAAAGUGAAGGAAUUAAAGAAAUUGAGUUGACGACGGGGAAUAACCAAUAAGACCUGAAAUUGAGGAAGCAAUCAAGAUUUGAGUAUGGAAGAUACACAAGAAGAAACACAAUUUGUGGUCGAUGAUGUGAGCAAAAUCAUCAAGGAGGCAAUUGAAGUAUCAAUUGGCGGAGAUGCAUAUGCACACAACAAAGUUAGUCAGUGGACGACAAAUGUGGUUGACGGAUGCUUAGUGAGCCUCGCAAAAUUAUCGAAACCUUAUAAAUACAUCGUCACAUGUACAAUUAUGCAAAAGAAUGGAGCAGGUCUGCACACCGCGAGCUCCUGCUUCUGGGACAACGCAACGGAUGGCAGUUGCACAGUCCGCUGGGAAAAUAAAACAAUGUACUGCAUCGUUUCGGUUUUCGGAUUGGCUAUUUAAAUGCUUCUAGUCAGCUUCCAAUGAAGCCAAAUGAUACUUUUUGGGAUUUUAAGGAUGAAUGCUCGCGGAAAGAGAAGAAAAAGGGGAUUCAUUUGGCUUUGAAGGCUACUCCAUGUAGAUAUUCCUCACACUUUUGUUUACAAACUAACAUAUUAGAUCUUUACUUCGCUCGUAAUCAAAUUGUUCGUAAUGCUCUCAUUUGAAAUGCAUAGUUUGGAUCUAAUCGAUAUUUACUGCGCAUUUUGUACUGUUCAAUAUCUUCGUUUGUGAGAAAUAAAGGAUAUAUUUGAUUUAAUUUAUUUUAUACUUCAUUAGGGUAGGAAAAUUUAAUUUUGAAAAAUGAUAACGAUGGGACAAAAGCCCUGUAGAAAUGUGCUUCUCUCAUUAUUGAAAUCGAAACACUAUUCUUGUACGGAUCAAUUAAAUAUCUGUCUUAUUCUUCUUUUUGUAUCACAAAUAUAAGCAUAAUGAUCUUAC